AUGUACAAAAUUAUAUUACCUUCAAUCGUUAUUUUUGGCUUAUGUGGUAACGUUAUCUCUUUGGUUACCAUAUUUUCAUCACGAAUUAAAAAUGCUGCUGCAAAUCAUUAUUUAAUUAUCCUAACGAUAGCUGACAGUAUAUUUUUGAUCGGUUUAUUGCUGAUACUGUUUAAGCUGGAUUUUGUAUAUGAAUUUUGUCUUGCAAUUGAGUAUGUUCUUGGUACGUCUUCAUAUGUUAGCAGUUGGUCAAUUGCUGCAUUGACCAUUGAAAGAUAUUUGGCUCUGGCAAAACCCUUCCAAGUUUCCACAACGUGUGCCGACCGGCAACGAUGGAAAUUUAUAACAAUAUGGAUUCCGCUAGCAUUUGCUGUAAACGUCGUGCAAAUUGCAUCGCUGAGGUAUUACGAUGAUCCAAGCGAUCCACAUUAUCCAAAUAUGAGAAGGUGUUAUCCGGCUGACAGCAAACUUCAGAUGAUAAUCGAAGUGUCUGACGCCAUACUUUGUUACCUCUUACCAUGCAUUGCCGUUGUUGUAUUAAAUUUAUGUGUUGCUAGAAAAGUGCGAUCAUCGAAUCGCGGGUUUCGAGAGAUAGCACGACGUAACGGUUCUCGUCGCUCUGGUGGACCACAGAAUGAGCCAGGUAUUCCUCGGAUUUUACUAGUGGUUCCCGUUGUUUAUGUGUUGCUCAACACGCCAUUUUAUCUGUUUCGAAUAGCUGACGCUAUUGCUGAAACCAUAUUUAAAAAUAUGGCUUUUUCAAUAAAAGGGGGUAUGGAUUCAUUUACCACAAAUUUAUAUAACGCAGCUCAUUACCUAUAUUAUAUCAAUUUUGCAUGUGAUGUUGUCGUUUAUGCAUUUUCAAGGUGAGU